AUGGGCAUCCGCACAAGAAUACUUCUCCUGUGUGUUGUAACAUGUGCUCUACGUGACCCCAAAGGCACAUUUCAGCAGUCCCCCCAACAGCCUCAAGUUCCCAUUGGAGUUGAGUGCAAGGACCGCUUCCAGCUCAUCUCAGUGGACAUGCCACCUUCUGGCAAUGAGCCUCGUUUUGAGGCAAUUGAUGUCAGGGGUGUGUACCCUGUCACACAGGCCUAUGGAGCUCAGUGUGGUUACACUUACUCCGUUCAGUCUCUGCUGGGUAGAGUCAUUCUACGAGCUUCCUAUUUCUCCUGCCACACAGAAAAUCAUGUACAGCAACUAUUCACCUUCAAGUUCAGGAUGACUCUUACAAAUGAGCAUGGCAUAGAAUCAUUUGAAAAUGUCACAAAGACAUGCUCUGUUCCUCCCUUCUCUCCAAGAGAGGUUAUUUGUGAGGAGAACUAUAUGGAGGCAUCUGUGACAACUAAGCUAUCCUGUCCUAACACUGUUAAAGAAGGCUUCACUGCAGCCAACUUUGUGGUCCAAAAAUCAGCAGUAGAGGCCGUGCAGGUGAUGCUUCAAGCAGAGGGUCAGCAGGCUGAAGUCAUGUCUGCAGAAGAUGCUGCUGGUCUUGGCUACAUUAUAACAGUCACUUCUGGCAGGAUUGUGUUCCGAUCACCCUAUCGACAGCCUCACUCUACUGUCAAAAUGGUCAGUGGUGUUGCAGUUGAAGUGAUCCAGGCCACAGUGUUUUUCAGACAGUGCUGGAUGGUGGUCAUGGUGGACUUGGUUGCUGCCUGCUCACUGGAUGAAGGGUCUUUUGAUGGCUACAGGCUUUGCUGGAUGACCCCAGCAGUGAUGACACCUCUGGAUGCUGGGUCCUUGUAUUUAAAGAGUGAGUCCAUUGGCAUGGGGGUUGAUGGUGUGCUCCUGAAUAACACUGGAGCCACAGGCUAUGCUGUGACCAUCAAUGGGAACACUGUAGAGAGUAGUAUCCCCUUUGCUGCAGAGGGAGGGGUCAGAAAGAGCUUUGUGAUAGGCAAUGUGUAUAAUGAGCUGUACUCUGUCCAGCUAAGCUAUAACCAAUCUUUUGUGGACCAUGGGGGUGUGGAGACCAGGCACAAUGUGGUCCGGCAAAUGGCUACUCCACUGAUUGCAUGGCUAAUUGUUUCCCUUACAGAAACCACUCUUGAGGAACGCAUUUUCAGGGUCUAUUUGGGUAAUGUCCCUUUUGAUGUUGAAUUGGUGUCUGUGGCACUGAAUGGCAAUGAGUUCUCUGUGCUGACUGCCACACAGAUGGGGUAUUCAAUCAUCAGAAUCCCACAAGACAAUAAUACAUUUGCCUACAUCAUCAGAUUGCCAUUUGAUGACCCACUUGUUGAGAAGCUGUAUGUUGCUGAAGGCCUUCUACAAUACUACUUGGAAAUUAAAUGGACUUUAAACAUCAUGCCUCAAAUGGACCCGUAUUACCAUCUUUCUUUUGUGACGGCCACUGUCCUUGAUGCAGUUCCUCCAGUCUUUGACAGCAUGUGUGCUGAGAAUGGCAUAAGCUUCAAGAGCGACCAUCAAGUGUAUGACUACUUGUGGGAAUUUACCAUUGGGGACUACCCUCUGAACCAGCAGUUGGCUUACGAGCGUGGAUAUAUCAUGACCAAUGACACAAACACCCUCCUCCUGGAUGUGCCUCUAUUUGCCAUUGGUUAUGUCUAUGAGGAAAUCAGUCUGCAGCAGUUCUAUGGCACCUUCGAAAUUCUCACCAGGAAUGCCAAAACCCUGGCGAUAGAGCAGCAGUCAGUGAAACGGUGCCUCUUCAGAACCACUGAGCUUUUGGUGUGCUCUACUGAGGGUGUGAUGACUGUUGUGAGUGACAUCACUAAAGCCAUCCCUACUGCAGACCUUGCCCGGACCACACUAUUGGAUGCAAGCUGCAAACCCAUUGAGACUGACGAGAACCGAGUCCUCUUCUCUUUUGGACUUAAUACUUGUGGCACCCUGGUCCAGAUUGAUCGGCAGUAUGUGACUUAUGAAAAUGAGAUCAUAUUUCAUGAGCUGUAUUCGACUGACAGCAAGCCAGUCAUCACCAGAGAUGCUGAAUACAGAGUGACUGUGAGGUGCAUUUACCCAGUUAGUGGCAUUGAAAGCCUGUUUGUGGACCGGAGGUUUCAAACUGAUACACCUGGAAUUGGGCAAAUCAAGGACCCUGUGAAAAUUCCUUUCCAAAUGCUUAAGUCUAUGCCAUUGGGAAAACCCUUCAUUCAGGCACCUAUUGCAAAUAAACCGUCUGACUAUGUGAGCGUCAAGCGGAGCUCUCCCAUGGAUGAAUCAUUUGUACGAGACCGCUUUAUUAAAGAACAUGCUGCAGCCAUUGUCUUUGACCUGGAGAAGGCUUAUGAUACCACCUGGAGAAAUGGCAUCCUUAAAGAUCUAUGUUGA